CACUCACCCCACGCCUGCGCUCUUUUCGAAUCCAGAGAACGCGUCUGUAUCAGAAUUCGACGGCCGAGGUGUCGGGAUCUGUUAGUUGCCUCGCGAAUAACGCGUGACUAGGUUUCGACAUACGUUUCCCCUCGUAAUUAUUGUUAUAAUUAAUAAAAAAAAAGAGUUCGCUCGUUUGUGUUGAAAAAGAGAUAAGCAAGCUCGAGGUUAAACUCGACCCUCGAUUCUGGAUCCUCUUGGAGGGUUGAUUGUUUCGAUCGGACGAUUUUCUGGCGGUCAUAAUCGUUGGAACUGGAGGAACGCGCGAGUUCCUUGUUGUUUGAAAAGAUACGAAUGUUAGGAUGGAAGUGGAAAAGUGGUGACGUUGACGAUGUGAUUUGCUAUCGGGGGAGGUCUGAAAUCCAAAGGUAUCGAGGGAAUCUCACACGUGUCGGUGAAAUAUCAUAAAUGAUCCGCAUCAAUGAACAGAGAGCCGACAGCGUUCGCUUCCCACAAAGAGGAACGCCACCGAGAAACUGUCCAGAAAUUCCUCACGGCGUCCACAUGAUAUCUAAAAAACUUCCACGGAUUCUGGGGUUUCCUCGGGAACGCAAUUUUGCCGCAAGAUGGAGUACUGGAUGGCAAGCAACGAGACUGGUCAGAAUGGGAGAGCAGAGGUACUCGAGGAGGUCCUUCAGGAUCCUGGAUCGGCGAUCCUCUUCGUCGGCUAUCCACGAUGGUUGCUGCACCUCGCCGCCAGUUGCUGCGUCUUCUUCAUGCUCGUUGGCAUCCCUGGGAACCUUUUCACCAUUAUUGCCCUUUAUCGCACCAAAAAGCUGAGAAAUGCCACGACGAUCUUCAUAUUGAAUCUGUCGGUUUCGGACUUGAUGUUCUGCUGCUUCAAUCUUCCUCUGGCUACGUCGACCUUCUGGCACAGUUCCUGGCGUCACGGGGCACUUUUGUGUCGUCUGUUUCCCUUGAUGAGAUACGGCCUGGUCGCAGUGAGCCUCUUCACGAUACUGGCGAUCACGAUCAAUCGUUACGUUAUGAUAGGUCAUCCACGGUUGUACCCCACAUUAUAUAAACCGAAAUACUUAUUACCCGUUGUACUAAGUAUCUGGAUCAUCGCUUUUGGAGUGUUGGUCGUAACAUGGUUCGAGAGUUGGGGACGCUUCGGUCUAGACACAGCGAUUGGUUCCUGUUCGAUUCUCCCGGAUGUCCAUGGACGAAGUCCCAAGGAAUUCCUUUUCGUCGUUGCUUUCCUAACACCCUGCGUGGCGAUUGUCGUUUGCUACGCGAGAAUUUUUUAUAUCGUACGAAGAACAGCGUGCAAGACCAGAAGAAGGAACAUAGCCACGCGUACGGACAACGUUAAGGCAUACUCCAGGAAUCAAGAAGAAGAGCUGUCAGCGUUAGAAUCUAGUUGCACAGCAAGUGUCCUCUGCGCAAAUUUCUCAUCGAAACGUUCCAUCACUCCUCCGAAUCGACCGAAAAGUUCGAGGACCCCGUCGAGAUCGGCGAUCGAGGAGACUCUUUCGGAACUUCAACCCUCCUGGCAGCAAGAUGAAAAAGAGGAUGAAGAAGAAAGCGAAGAAGAAGCAGUAAUCAGGAGCGCAGAGUCAGAGAUAUUAAGAAAGAAAAAUACAAAGAAAAUGUCGAACAAACACGACGAGUUCCCAUCUAUGGAGAUCGUCGAGGUCUACGAGAAAGUGUGCCCAGAUUUUGGAAUAAAAUUAGACGAUAUUCCCUAUGUGGACGAGCGCGAUGAUUUAGAUGCAGCGAAUGAUAUAUUCACAAACAAUGAUCGUAGCGCGAUCAAAGAAUUGCCUGUAAAAGCUACCGCGAAUUCUAGAAAUAAACUUGAGAGAAUGGCGAGUAGAGCAUCGUUCAUCAUCGAGUCUGCUCUGUGGGUGCAAAGACUGAACUCGAAAACGUCGACGGUCAACGAUCGUUUGGAGAGUGUAACGUCGAGUUCCCACGAACGAUCGACGACAAGAAACGCCAUUGAUCGAAGCGAGUCAGGAUUAAAAAGUGUAGGAAGAUCGAGGAACUCUUUAGCUCCUCCCAGAAUGAGCAGCAAGGACAAGAAGCUGCUGAAGAUGAUUCUGGUGAUAUUUUCAUCGUUUCUCGUUUGCUACUUGCCGAUCACUGUCACGAAGACCUUUAAGAAUGCCAUCGAUUGGAGAGGACUUAAUAUCGCUGGUUAUAUAUUGAUCUAUUUGACCACCUGCAUCAAUCCUGUGGUCUACGUAGUGAUGAGUUCCGAAUACAGAAGCGCCUACAAAAAUGUGUUACUGUGCAGACACAAUCCUGAUGCCAAAAAUGAGAUUAGGAGACCUUGAAGGGGCAGAAGACGUCGAUUUCCUAUCGACAUAGUCGUGUAUCGCAACGUUUAUUUAAGUACAGAAUUUGUAACGUCGCGUGGGAAAAACUCACCCAACUAAAAUGUGAAGCGCAUGCGCAUAUAUGGAUAGUUGCUUUAAAUUAUUCAAAAGAAAGUAAACCAGAGAAAGUGCAGACGCACUUUGAAAGAUUUCCAUCAUUUCAAAAAUUAUAUUUUUUGAAACGACGAAAAUCCUUCGAACUGCGCGUGCACAUUCCCCAAUUUAUAUAGCUUGAAUAGAAAUAUGUAGAAACGAAUAAGAUAUUUGUAUAACAAAUUAUUCGUUAUGUCAUAUAUACUAUACUUUUAUAAUAAUAAUAGUAUCAAUACGCGUUGAUUCUAAUUCCAAGUUACCAUAUUUUCAUUUACUUGAAAAUGAGAAAGAUUGCAGCCAUUAGCUCAUAUUACUUGGUAUGGAAUUAAUAAUGUCAUCUAACCCUUAGUGGCGAUGUGCAGUUAGCAAUUACAUACUUCAAAUAAUAUAGAGGGCCCAGGUCUCACCACGUGGAGGUUACUGCAUAUAGAGACCCAAAAAAAUUGGGUGGCCAAGACAAAAACCACAUCCUAGCCACCUUUAUCCUCAAUCUAAAUGUUGUGUGAGUGUGUAUGUGUGUGUUGUGUGCCCCCCCCCUGCCAUGGCCGGGGAUGUAUUAAAAAAAAAUUAAAAAAAAAAAAUUGACACCAAGACUUAACCCAACGAUGAUUUCUGAAACAUACGAUGUAUACUUUAUAACAGUAUUUUUAUUGUCAAAUAGUCCAUUCGCAAUUUGGUUCAGUCACCUGCAACAGAAGAAACGUAUAUUAUUCUCUAUUUUUGAAAGAUAUAAACAAAAAUCCAUAAAAGGUCUUCUUUUUUUGUUCUUGCCCUAACUAAAAAUACAAAGUUACUUCAAAACGGACGCGAUGUAUCAGACGCGACACUAACAGCAAACGCGAUUCAUUAUUAUUCGCAACACUACCCUGAAAGAAGACGCGAAAAAUACUACUUGAAAAUAUGUAAAUUAUUUCAAAUCGGACGCGAUUUAUCAGUCGCAACACUAACAGCAAUCGCGAUCAAUAUUUAUGCGCAACACUACCCUGAAAUAAAGCGCGAAAAAUUCUAAUGAAAACAAUCCUCACAAACGAACGCGAUUUAUAUUUUCAUAUCGCAACACUAAAACAAAACGCGAAUUGCCCAAUUGACACGCAAUGAUAUCCCACGUUGGGGUACACGACCCAUAGAAACAAACUACUACAACUACAGGCGAGUACAGUGACAAAAUAGUAAUACAUAGUAAUGACUCCCCAUCUUCGAAUCCGAAGAUGGAGAGCCAUUCGUUGCAGCCCUUUCUUGCGACAAUUUGUCAGGGCCUCUCUUCUUUCUUCGGACGCAUUGUCCCAUCUGAAACUUAUAGCUAGGGUCGAGGUUCAGUGCAAUACGUGGACGUUCAACCCGGUGAACCACACGUCUAGAACCUCGAGGGAACGAGCGUUUCGAACAACCCUACUGAUCACGACCGCGACCGCGAAGCAACGACUCAGAGAGUCGAGACCUGAAGAAUCGAGAGCAGAUUCCGAAACAAACGGACACAAGUUCCGUUUGCAUCGUGAUCGCAACGACUCCUCAAAUCCACCUACAGGUGCAGACCCAUCACGUACGCGCGCGACCUACCCAACUAAAGUGACGAGAUCUGCCCUGGACCCUACCUACUGGGAUUUAACAUACACACCACAAGUUAAGUUACCUACCUACCUAACCCUAUAUUUAAAAAUGGCAAAACAAUCACACCAACACACACGCUCAACGAUCCUCAAUCAAGGCUCUCGGGCGCGACCUAAACUAGGGAGAUGUCCCGGGACACCUCCGACACCCGAGGAUACCAUACACAACAUUCACACUCUAAAGGUACGUACCAGUUCCUGAAAUCGACUGAAAAAGGCUACCGACCAUUGCGUAAAUGUAAUAUGUAUAUAUCAAUAUUUAUUUGCAAAGCUUGGAUGUAAUAUAAUCGUUGA